AUGAGUGUAGAACAGUUGGAAGCAAAUUCAGAUUGUAGACGAGUUGAAGACAUAUCCUUGCUGUCACAUUCAAAAUCCGUGGAUGACGUUUACAUUCCCCAAGUGGCCGAAAACUGCAAACCAAAGGUUGGACAAGAGUUUGAAUCGAUAGAUGGGGCACAUGAGUUCUACAUUAAAUAUGCAAAAGAGGCGGGGUUUAAUGUUCAUAGCAGUUCGACUAAGAGAUGUAAAGGUGCGAAAAAAGUUGUCAGGAAAGAAUUUGUAUGUUUUAAGGAAGGAGUAUCUUCUAUAAAGGACGAUGAGAGAAAAAGGUGUCAAGGGAUGACAAGAGAAAAUUGUAAAGCUAAACUUGCCGUGGUUAGGUCAAAAACGGGGAAAUUUGUCAUCACUGUAUUUGUUGAAGAACAUAGUCAUCCAUUAUCAACCCCUCGAAGAGUGCAUUUAUUGAGAUCACAUCGUAGUGUGUCUGAAGCCAAAAAGUCACUAACUUUGCAGUUUUCAGCAGCAAAUGUGCCAACUCAUCAACAAAUAAGCAUUCUUGAAUUUGAAGCUGGAGGUAUAGAGAAUAUUGGGUGUACAAAGAAUGAUAUAUAUAACCAUGAAGCUAAGGUGCGGAAUGAAUUAAAAGGACAAGAUGCAGAACUUUUAAAGGAAUAUUUCCUAAUCGAGCAAGAAAAGGAUCCAUGCUUCUUUUUUAAAAUAGAUGUAGAUGAUGAUGGUAAAUUGAAGCGUUGUUUUUGGGCUGAUUCGGUGUCUAGAAGAGCUUAUGGAUGUUUUGGUGAUGUAGUUGUAAUUGAUUCAACUUACAACACUAAUCAAUAUGGUAUGAUAUUUGCACCCAUGGUGGGGGUGAACAAUCAUGGUCAAACGGUGCUUUUUGCAUGUGCCUUUUUAAGUGAUGAAAAAACGGAAUCAUUUGUUUGGUUGUUUGAGCUAUUAAAGGAUAGCAUGCCGACGAACAAGCUAAAAAUGAUCAUUACCGAUCAAGAUCCUACAAUGACGAAGGCUAUAGUUCAGAGCUUACCGAAUACAUUUCAUAGGUAUUGUAGUUGGCACAUACUUGAGAAGUUCUCUACGUAUUUAAAUGCGAUCACUUAUAGAGAUUUUUAUAAGGACUUCCAACAAUGCAUUUGGGAAUCAGAAUGCCCUGAAGAGUUUGAAAGAAAAUGGGUGACUACCAUCGAGAAGGCAAGCCUAGAUAACAAUGAUUGGUUAAAAUCAAUAUUUGAGCUACGUACAAGAUGGAUGCCUGCAUAUGUUAACCAUAUAUUCUCAGCUGGAAUGUCAAGCAAGAUUGAAUCCAUAGUUAGCAACACGAAAAGUGGAGGCAUUUCUGAAAAAGGUAGCACUGCUCAUGACUAUGAGGCUUUGAAAGACCCAUCUGCUGUGAGGGCAAAGGGAUGCGCACAAAGAUUAAAAAGGGGAAAGGAGAAGGCAACAAAUGCCGCAAAGUAUAGAGGUCGACGUUGCAAUAGAUGUGGAAAAAUUGGGCAAUCGCACGACAAAAGAAACUGUCCACUCCUCAACAAUCCGUCCUCACAAAAUGAGGAAAGUCCUCAGCACGCCUCGGAAUAUGAUUCUAAAGCUGAUAGUUUGUCUUCCACAGGUCUGCAUGAGAAAAUGAAAGGAUGA